GUGGGAGUGGAGCACCAAAAAGAGCCGAUUGUUCCCUUGUGCCCUGUCCAAAAAACAAAAGGCGACGACAGAGCUGCGAAUGGUCAAAUCUUCGUCAUUCGGCUUGCGUUUCUCGUCCCUUGGCGACCCUCAAAUUCUAUAGAACUGCUUGAACGUUUGAUGCUAAAUUUCUCUAAACACGCGUCCUGAGUCGCAGGGUGACCUGUCAGAGGUCUUUCCCCGGCUUUAGGACUCUUCGAUCAUCCAUUAUUUAUGCCUCUCCGCUGCUUUUCCAACGGGGCGCGCUCGUUAAAGCCUGUCAAUGUCACACUGUCCUUGAGGCUGAGCAGCAACUUUAGGACACAUCAAUCACAACAAUCCAGAGUCCUCCAAACUGCCGCCCUCGAUUCUGUAGCACCGAAUUCUAUUUCAAAGGGUUACAUCCCACUACGAUCAUUCCCGAGCCUUCAAUCGUUUACCAACAAUUUCAAUCCUCGACACCGUCCAAUGGCUGCCCUUACCCAGACACAGACACGCUCUCAUGGCGGCCAUUCGCAUCACCAUCACCAUGAUAAUACUUACCUCACUUCGACAAAUAAGAACGAUGCAGGUGUGCGGAUAACUCGAAUAGGCCUGUAUUCCAACCUGGGGAUGGCGGUUGCAAAAGGGGUCGGAGGCUACAUGUUCAACUCGCAGUCAAUGAUCGCAGACGCCUGGCACAGUCUGACGGAUCUGGCCAGCGAUAUUCUGACAUUGGCGACCGUAUCAUGGAGCUUAAAACCUCCUACAGCAAUGUUUCCCACGGGAUUCGGCAAGGUUGAGAGUUUAGGUUCCCUCGGAGUUAGCGGUAUGCUGCUGUUCGGUGGAUGCUUCAUGUGCUUGAACAGCUGUGAAAUACUAUACGCACACUUCUUUUUGGAUGCCCAUGCAGCUGCGGAAGCGGCAAUGCAUUCACACGGCCACAGCCAUAGUCACGGAGAGAUCACACCGAGUCUCCAUGCGGCCUGGCUUGCUGCAGGAACGGUGCUUCUGAAGGAAUGGUUAUACCAAGCAACUAUGAAAGUCGCCAAAGAACGAAAGUCGUCCGUCUUAGCCUCGAAUGCCAUCCAUCACCGUGUCGACUCUCUUACCGGAAUCGUGACCCUAUUUGCUAUUCUCGGCGCAAAUUUCCUACACGAAGCUGCGUGGUUAGACCCUGUUGGAGGAUUCCUGAUAUCGCUGUUGGUUAUUAAGGCGGGCUGGGGAAAUACUGUUUCAGCAUUAUACGAAUUAGCAGACAAGGGUAUCGACAGCGAAAUCAAGGCAUCGGUCACGCGAGCAGCUAAGAAGAGCUUUGCAAACUUGAGAGAAGGAAACCAAGUCGAGCUUCGAGAAGUAGAGGGUGUUAAGUCGGGGCAAAACUACUUGGUGGACUUGCAAUUGGCCGUUCCAAAAUCGUGGACUGUGGAAGAAGUGCGAGAGGUAGAAGAGGCUGUUCGAGAGGUUAUCGGUUCCAAGGUUCGAGGUGUUCGUCGAGUGAAGAUUCGAUUCGUACCCAAGGAUGACACGACGACGUCUCUCUUCAACGAAUUCAUCAGUGGUGAUGUUAGUCCACGAGAAAGUCCAGAGCCUGAGGACCAUGAUCAUGACCAUGAUCACGAUCACGAGCACGAACAUGAUCACUCUCACCCCAACGGGAAUGGUAACGGUAACGGUAAAAAGAUUCAAUAGACACCUUGUAUAUACCAGAACAGCGGAUUUUGCAUUUGGCUUCGAGGACUGGCGUUGGACAUGGAGGGGGAGGAAAUCUCUUGAGAUUUUUGGAUGACUUGCGAAGCAAGAUGGCGUUCCGGUGGGCUGAUGCAUUUUAGACACACUGUACCACGAUGUGCUGUAUAGAAACGCUCUGAGCAAAACCAGUCUUCAUUAUUGGUGCGCAUAACCUUCUCUGAGUUGAACGCCCCAGUUCCACCACAAGCCACACUUGGACAUUUAGCCUAAAUCGAGCUACCCCUACCCUACCUGCU